GAUAUAAACAUCUGCAUAUCGCUCGAUAACAAAUGUAAUUCACAUUUAUCUCAUCAAUAGAAAUAAUGAUUUCUCGUAAUUGAAUAAUCAGAGAGUGAUACAACGUGAUAUGACAAACUGAUUCGAUUAAAACGAUGGUAAAAGAUAAGUGUUGCACAAUGUUGCGGAAUCAAAGCGAGAAGACAUAAAUUGAGGACGCCAGAAGUAGUAGAAGCUUGUGUCGUUAUCGUCGGUAGUUAUGCGUAGUGCUACGUGACGAGACGAGGAGUGUGACAUUGGCUUUAUAUAAGCGAGCUAUGAUCCGUAAUUUCUACCAAGUAUCAUCGCCAAUAAUUUUAUGGAGAAACGGGACACGUGCAAAACACGCCAUGAUUGACGUUCUGACGGAGCGAGUGCCCUUUUCUAAGGAUUUCCUGUUUCGUCAGCUUUUCGAUCCAGUAUCCAGUACGUACACGUAUUUACUAGCCGAUAUCAGCGAUAAGGAAGCGAUUUUAAUUGAUCCGGUCAUCGAAUGGGCUGAUCGUGACAAAACAAUCGUCGAGGAUCUGGGAUUAAAGCUGAAAUAUGCCCUGAACACCCACAUGCACGCAGACCACAUCACUGGGACGGGCCGACUGAAAUGCCUGUUGCCUGGUUGCAAGUCUAUGAUAUCGCGUAGCAGCGGUGCUAAGGCGGACAUACUUCUAGAACCAAACGAUCAAGUUCAAUUUGGCAGGCAUAAACUGAGAAUAUUGCCCACUCCAGGUCAUACUGAAGGUUGCGUCACGUACGUUUGCGAUGAGCAGGCAAUCGCGUUCACGGGUGAUGCGCUAUUGAUACGAGGAUGCGGCAGAACUGACUUUCAGGGCGGAUCUGCCGCGAUCCUGUACAAAUCCGUUCACGAGAAGAUCUUCACACUGCCGCGAAAUUACCGACUAUACCCCGCACACGAUUACAACGGUAGAACCGUCACCACCGUGGCCGAGGAGAAAGCUCUUAAUCCCAGGCUGUCCAAGUCUCUGGAGGAGUUCGUCCGAAUUAUGAACAACCUUAACCUACCUUAUCCCAAAAUGAUCGAUAAAGCUGUACCGGCCAACAAAGUUUGCGGUCUAUACGAGGUGAAAGAAGAAAAGGACGAACAAUGAAAAUUAUUGACAGCGCUGUAGCCGAUGCACUAGCACGCUAGUAUUGUAAUUCUACACUCUAUUAAUAAUUCAUGGUCCCGAUAGUUAACAUUCAUAUGUCACGAAUAGCGCGGGAUUAUUCUGUGUUUUAACGUAUAUUAUUAUCAAUAUUAUUAACAUUAAAUGAGAAAUGAUGGCGAAUCUUGUCAACGAAGUCAGUUUGCCAACGAAAAGUAUUCAAAAGUGAUAUAAGGUAUGUAAUAUGGUAAUUUUUAAUAUAUAAUUCACGUAUACAU